AUGAUACAGUUACCUGACUUGUGCAUCUCUGACAACACGCAGCUUGUCCUCAGUGCUGUGGCUUGUCUUGGUGUUGUAGGAAUACUUGUUCGGGCUUACCAUCAUACAACGGAGAGCCAGCUUCCUCUCCCACCUUCCCCUCCCACCUGGAGACUUUGGGGGCACUUCCUACCGUAUCUCCACCCAUCUCUCGUGAUAGCGGGAUGGAUUGAAAAGUACGGUCCUCUGAUCACCAUCCGGUCAAGAUUUGAGCACAUCGUCAUUAUUGGCCGUUACAAGGCAGCCAUUGAUAUCAUGGAGAACCAGGGCAAAUUUACAGCCGAUCGUCCUCGCAUGAAUGCUGCUGGAAAAAUGUUUAACGGCGCACUUAGUCUCGCGUUUGUGCCCUUUGGGGACAAGUUCCGUCGGAUGCGUAGAACACUUCAUUCGCAUCUCCAGCCUAAAGCAGCUGAGGCCUAUCAACCUCUGCAGAUGUCACACGCGAAGAACACAGUUCUCAGCAUUCUCGACGAUCCAUACAACUAUCAUAACCAUGUGGUAACUUAUGCUGCGACGACAAUCAUGAAAGUUGCAUAUGGAAAGAGUGCACCCACAUCUGCCACCGAUCCGGAAAUUGUUGAACUCAGUCGACGCAUCAAGAUAUCAAGUGUAGCCCGACGUCCUGGCGCUUACCUAGUAGACUGGAUCCCGUGGCUCAAAUAUCUUCCUUGGUAUGGACGAGAUUUGAAACGGUCAUUUGAGAGUACCAAGAAACUCAACAUUGGUCAGCUGAACCGCGUGAAAGAGCAAAUGCAAAGUGACAAGGACAUCGGCCCUUCGUUCGCGAAAUAUUUACUAGAGAAUAUCCAUCUCCAUGGUUUAACAGAAAUUGAGAUGGCCUUUCUUGGCGGUACCUUUUUUGCAGCUGGAUCUGGUACCACUUCUGCGGCAAUAUCCACGGUGCUGAUGGCAGCCGCAUGUUUCCCCGAAGAGCAAGCUCAAGUUCAAGCUGAGCUUGACAUGGUCAUCGGAAGGCACCGAGCACCAACCUUCGCCGACCAAAAUUCUCUUCCUCGCCUGCAAGCAUUCAUCUCCGAGGCUUUAAGAUGGAGACCGCCUUUGCCUACCGGUGCAUUAGCUCACCGAACAACCCACGACGUGAUUUGGGAAAACUAUCGUAUUCCAGCUGGGACCACAUUGUUCGGCGACCACUGGUCCAUCUCUCGAGAUCCAGAUGCCUAUCCAGAGCCUGACACGUUCAAACCUCAGCGCUGGAUUGACGACCAAUAUCGUCUAAGAGACGAUUUAAAAAAUUUCGUCUUUGGCUUUGGUCGGCGCGUAUGCCCUGGUCAACAUGUCGCGAACAGAUCGGUGUUCAUCAACUCACUCCUAACCAUGUGGGCCUUCCAGCUCACUUUGAAUCCUACGAAGCCAUUGGAUGACAGGGGAUUCAUGAACGGGGUUAUGUCACUUGUUCCGCCAUGCGCAAUUGAGUUUGAGAGGAGGAUUCCAGAAUCGGAGCUCAGGCGCAUGAUGCAGCAUUAUCCUCAGGAUACUUGA